UUUAUUUAUAAAUUUUUCCAUGGAAGACCUAAAAAGGCAACCAGAGGAAACAGAGAUGACCGAACCUAGCAAGGAGGUCCCAGAUGAAGCCGUAGGAUCACCCGAAACACGACCCAUAGCCUCACAGUCGCUGGAUUCGGCCCCCAUAGAAGCUCACAACGAGGAAGGAGAGAAGCUGCAGAGAACGACCGCCGGCAAGGGAAAUAAAAAGAAUAAGAACUCCAAGGGCCCGCAGUCAGACAUGGUGAUGGAUCCCGAGAUAAAGAAACUCACUCAGCGGCGCAUCAAUGUAGCUGGAGCACCCAAAAUGCCACUGAAUGGCUACGUGCGAUUCAUGAACGACAGACGAGAGGAGUUGCGCCGCGAGCAGCCGCAGCGUACGGCCCUGGAGCACACGAAGAUUAUUGGUGAGGAAUGGCACCUGCUGCCGGAAGAGCGCAAGGUUCCGUACAUGGAAGCGGCUGCCAAGGACAAGGCUUUAUACCAAGAGCAGAUGCACUUAUUCUUCAAGGACCACCCCGAGAUUGUGGCUAAAGAGUUGGCCAGGGUAAAAAAAGCUACCAAAGGAGACAGUGCUUCGAAGGAGAAGACACCCAAAGCUGUAGCCAACAACGAUGUCGCCGUCGGCAAAGGCAAGAAACCGAAAGCGAAGACCCCAGCAACAAAGAGGCCAAGCGAGCACUCUCCUGACCCAGAUGAUGUUCCGCUGUCCCAGGUGAAACGCACGCCGACUCCAACACCACCACCACCACCACCACCACCUCAACAAGCACAAGCGCAAACUCCAGCAACAAUAGCACUCAACAUUGUCGCCGCACCGCGUCCGCUUCAGCCAGGUGAGAUACCCAUUUACACAAACGAGUUCAUCGAGCACAAUCGCAGCACGGAGAACGAGCUGCGAACGCUGCGCAAGACGAAAACGGAUCUGGAACAGCAAAAUGCGGUGCUGGAGCAGCACGUGGACAACACCAAGGCUGGGUAUGCCAAGGUGAUGGGCGAGGUGGCCGAACUGAAGGAGGAGAAUGUGCGACUGGAGGCGUACGUGAAAGGUCUGCGCCAGAAGUUGGUUGCAGCCCUCAAUGGUGUCCCAUUGCCUCCGCUGGAACCGUCCGGUCCGAGCGUUGGCAACAUUGACAGGUAUAUGCAUCACCUGGCCGGACUCACUGGCCAACCGCACAACACUAUGCUCCUCAAAGCAAGAGACGCUCUGCGCAAAGUAGACAUCCCCACUCUGCUCAAGUCCUAGUUUUCUUUUGGAUGAAACGA